UUUCAGUCGAUCGCUUGUCUGGAAGAUGUCUUGCGGCUCCGCAGAUUACAGCAGCAAAGAUCAUGGGCCAGAUGGAAUGGACCCAGAUGGUGUCAUUGAAAGCAACUGGAAUGAGAUUGUUGAUAAUUUUGAUGACAUGAACUUGAAGGAGACCCUUCUUCGAGGGAUUUAUGCCUAUGGGUUUGAAAAACCUUCUGCCAUUCAGCAAAGGGCCAUCAUGCCAUGUAUUAAAGGCUAUGAUGUCAUUGCUCAAGCUCAGUCUGGAACAGGCAAAACAGCCACCUUUGCUAUCUCGAUCCUGCAGCAGCUGGAAUUAGAUAUGAGAGAAUCACAGGCUUUGGUCCUGGCUCCUACCAGAGAGCUGGCUCAGCAGAUCCAGAAGGUAAUCCUUGCCUUGGGGGAUUACAUGGGCGCGUCUUGCCAUGCCUGCAUUGGUGGUACGAAUGUGCGAAAUGAGAUGCAGAAGUUGCAGGCAGAAGCUCCCCACAUUGUUGUAGGCACUCCAGGACGAGUGUUUGACAUGUUGAACAGGAGAUACAUAUCUCCUAGAUGGAUCAAGAUGUUUGUUUUAGAUGAAGCUGAUGAAAUGUUGAGUCGUGGAUUCAAGGAUCAGAUUUACGAGAUAUUUCAGAAGCUGAGCACAAACAUUCAGGUGGUUCUGUUGUCGGCUACCAUGCCUAUUGAUGUCUUGGAGGUUACAAAGAAGUUUAUGCGUGAUCCUAUCCGGAUUCUUGUGAAAAAGGAAGAACUUACCCUAGAGGGUAUCAAACAGUUUUACAUCAAUGUGGAAAGAGAGGAAUGGAAGCUAGACACACUCUGUGAUUUGUACGAGACUCUGACAAUUACACAGGCUGUGAUUUUCCUUAACACGAGGAGGAAAGUUGACUGGUUGACUGAAAAAAUGCAUGCGCGGGACUUCACAGUCUCUGCUUUGCACGGUGAUAUGGAUCAGAAGGAACGUGAUGUGAUCAUGAGGGAAUUCCGCUCUGGGUCCAGCCGUGUACUGAUCACCACCGACUUGCUGGCUCGUGGCAUUGAUGUACAGCAGGUGUCCCUGGUUAUUAACUAUGAUUUACCUACUAAUCGUGAGAACUACAUUCACAGGAUUGGGCGCGGUGGCCGUUUUGGAAGAAAAGGUGUUGCUAUCAACUUUGUUACUGAAGAGGACAAGCGAAUUCUUCGUGAUAUUGAAACAUUUUAUAAUACAACUGUGGAGGAGAUGCCCAUGAAUGUGGCUGACCUGAUCUAGAUGGCAUGAGAUUUUUACAUUUGCAGCUGCUGAAUUAUCAGACUACAUGGUGCGUUGUGCUGCUUCCAGAGUUGUUGAUUCUCUUCUCCCAUGUGCAAACCGGAUCAGAAAUCCAGCCUUGUGAAUAAGUGACUUGUGAGGACGGCCGUAGGCUACAAUCCUCUUUAAGAGUUGAGACUGCUGGGGUGGGAAGUUUUAAGUCAUGGGGUCUUUACGUUUACACGCCCUUCAGUGUUUUGCAAGUUCUGCAGUAGUGUUUUUGUUAGAUAUUCUCUAUCAUUUAAUAGUUUACUUAUGGACUAAAAAGUUUAAGUGCUGUGUUAAAUCAGCCAAUUAUGUUAAGUUGGCAUUUCUACAGUUAUUUUAAAAUGAAACUUGCCAGUUAACUGGUAAAGGGUAUAUGCACUUUCUAGAGUAUUUCUAGAGUAAUUAAUUUUUUUUGCAUACAAUAGUUGUAAUUAAUAAAGUGUUCAGUAAGUUGUGCAGAGAUAGUAAUGCUUUGAUAUGCACAGUCUUGUCUUCCCAUACAGAGAACUGCAUUGUUAGAUUGUUGUAUACACGUGUGAAAGUUUACAGCACUAAUUAGCAGAGAAGCUGGAUAUUAAUUGUUAGUAUUUUUGUAAGGUAGCCCUAUUUAUUGUUUGUACCUGGUCUAAUUUAAUUUAUUGUCAGCAGUCUUCUUAUUCCAAAUCUUUUUUGUUUCUGUAGAAAUUGAGCUGCAUCUAUGUGAAAUGUAACCUGAGCUUUCAAUCCUUAAACCAUGUUAGUCUUAGAUACUUCUGGAGAGUGUAAAUGCAGUGGUGGUGUGCAUUUUAUAAGACUUGUACAAUCAGGAGUACAGCAAACAGAUUGUUGGCUCAUGUAGUGUAGCUUAAUGUGUUCCUACCAACAGAACAGUUUAGCUUCUAACCCCGCGUAGGCUUUAAAGGGGUUUAUAAACUCAUUUCAAUAUGAAUAGAUGCCUCACCUGCAAUAGUAACUGGUGCUUCCCUUGUAAAACUGGUCCUUUAGCAGAGUGAUGGCAGCAUAAAGUGUUUCCUGAUGCUUAAAUAUUCUACACUAACUUCCAAGCUAUUACUGAAGAUUUGGCUUUCAUUCAGCAUACAUGUUGUUAGCAAUAGUGCUGGUUAUUUUCACCCCCACAGGUCUUCUAAUAUUCCCUUGGGAAAAUAAUCGUUUGUAAGAUUUGUCUUGUUUAUCUCAAACAUUAAAUAGUUUAUUGCU